UUCAUGGUCCCACCAACAGCCAUGGGGACAACUUUCCUGCUUUGUGUGGCUGUCACCCUAUUCAGAGUGGUCAGUGGAUCAUGCCCAGUAGGGCGGGAGUUCAUUACUGCCUUUAUGCCUAACUAUUUGCUGAGCUACCAAGAUGAUCAGAGUCUUCAACUGGCCAUAACCACACAGGAUUAUCCAGCCAUUGUUCAAAUUCAGGUCAAUGCAAUCGGCUUCUCCACCUCAGUGAAAAUAGAGAAACAGAACACCAAAUGGAUCGGCAUACCUGGUACCGCGGAAAUUGGGGGUCCAGGAGCUUCCACCAAAACAGUGCAGGUCACCUCUAACUCUGACAUCUCGGUGGUGGCCUUCAACUACAAGUUCUCGACCGGAGACAGCAGUGUGGUCUUCCCAACUGACCAGCUGGGUACUGACUAUGUGGUCUUCUCCCCCAAUGAGGGUCCAAGAAACAUGCACAAGCUUAUGUCUAUUAUCAAUGGCAAAGAGCCCAACAAGAUCACGAUCAUCCCUGUCUCCAACAUGAAUCUCAGUGGCGUGGAUUCCUGGAAGCAAAGACAGGCUAUAAUUGUUACCAUGGAACCAUACCAGGUCUACCUCUACCAAAGCUACACCACUUUCACUGGGACCAGGGUAAAAGCUAAGCACCCUGUGGCAGUCCUGGGGGGACACGAGUGCAUUGCAGAUGGAGGCCGCUGCAAUCACGUAUACGAACAACUGCUACCGGUACAGAGCCUCUCCACCAAUUACUUGGUUCCUUCCAUGCACAUGACCCAUUCAACAGACUUUGUCAACAUUGUGGCCUCAGAGGACAACACUCUUGUGAAGAUCUUUGAGGGAAAGGUAUCCACUGCUAAAGAGCUGAAUGAGGGGCAGGCGUAUGUGAUAUCUGUCCAACCCAAAUAUCCGCUGAUCAUCAAAAGCGAUAAGAAGGUCAUGGUGAUGUACUUCAGCAACAACAAGCCCUACGAUCCGUUCCUCACCAACAUCCUCCCAACGUCUGAUCUAGCCAAAGAGUGGUCGGUGGACACGCAGAGCAAAUUCGAGAGCACAUUGGUCAUUGUCUCCGAGGGGGAAGGGAUCAACACUGUUAAAGUCUGUGAGAAAAAUAAUUGUGUGAAAUCUCUCGGAUGGACAUCAUUCAACUCAGACCCUAAGUACAUGUGGGUAAAUGUUCCAUUGGGAGAGCAGCAACAACAUUUCUCCAUCAAAGGCGACUCACUCAUGGCUGUUUACGUUUAUGGUGGCAUGCCAAGAGACGGCUACGCAACAACAGGAGUAUGUUCCAAAGGCACUGCACCACCCACUCCACCACCAGACCCCUGUGAGAAAGUCAAAUGCAGAGAAAAGGAAGAAUGUACAAAGGGGGUUUGUGCCCACAUCUCCAAAGCAAUCUGCAGGGCCGUGGGCGAUCCCCACUACCUCACCUUUGAUGGGGAGCGAUUUGACUUCCAGGGCACCUGCUCUUACGUCAUGGCCACGGUUGUUAAAUCUGAACCUGGCCUCAUCCCGUUCACUGUCCUGACCAAGAACAACCACAGAGGGAACAAGAGGGUGUCUUUCGUAAGGAAAGUCUCAGUCACGGUCUAUGGGCUGACUGUGGUGAUGAGCACGCAUAAAGGGAAGGUUGAGGUGAAUGGUGAGAAUGUCUACCUGCCUGUGACCCUGGCCGGAGGAAACCUAACGGUGGUGUAUAGUGGCAGCUAUGCUGUUCUGAAGACAAACUUUGGCCUGAAGGUUAUGUACGACUGGAACAUGAAGUUCUACAUCACUGUCCCCAGCAGCUACUUCCGCACCCUGGGUGGGCUCUGUGGGAACUACAACGGGGAUCACAAUGACGAGUUCACUAACCCCAAAGGUAACAAGGAACCCACAGUGGUGAAGUUUGCCCAGAGCUGGAGAACUGAAGACGGUGACUUGUUCUGUCAUGAUGACUGCCAAGGGGAAUGUCCUAGCUGCACUCCGGCUCUCCAACAGAAAUACAAGGGAGAGAAGUUAUGUGGUCUCUUGGCCAAAAAAGACGGCCCAUUCGCCAGCUGCCACAAGGUCCUGGACCCAGGCAUGUUCAUGGACAACUGUGUCUAUGACGUCUGCAUCAAUAAAGGCAUCUAUCAGUUCCUCUGUGAGAACAUGAAAAGCUACAAUGAUGCCUGUUUGGCCGAGGGGGUCAAAAUUAGCCCUGAGUGGAGGACAAUCACUGGAUGCUCACUGGAAUGUCCGUCAAACAGCUACUACGAGGCGUGUGGCACAGCUUGCCCUGCCUCUUGUUCAGAUCUAGAUGCCGAAGCAAAGUGCAAGGAACCCUGUGUGGAGACUUGUCAAUGCAACAAGGGCUUUGUCCUCAGUGGAGACAAAUGCGUCUCCAAGGAGAGCUGUGGCUGCUCUUAUGAAGGACGAUACUACCCGUCUGGAAUGAAGUUCUGGGAAGAUGACAAAUGCACAAAGCAGUGUGAAUGCAAUCCAGGAACAGCCAAGGUUGAAUGCAAAGCAACAGCAUGCAAGAAAUCAGAGGUGUGUGGCCUGCAGAGCGGUAAGAGAGAGUGCUACCCAACAUCAUAUGCCUCUUGCCAAGGUUCAGGCGACCCCCACUACCGCACGUUUGAUGGCAAGAGGUUCGACUUCCAGGGAACGUGUACUUACGUUCUCUCCAAAUCGGUCAGCAAAGAUGACAAGUCUCUGGCGCCUUUUGAGGUGCUUGUAAAGAAUCAGAAUAGGGGGAGGAACACGGCAGUGUCUUACACAAAGACAGUCACCAUCAUUGUCUUCAAAAACAUCAUCACCAUGAGUAGGGACAACCCUGGCAAAGUAUUGGUCAACAACCAGUAUGUGAACUUGCCAUUUGAUGUAGAAGAUGGCCAACUGUCCAUCUUCCGCAGUGGGUAUUUCGGGGUGGUGAAGACCAAAUUUGGCCUGACACUGAAGUUCAACUGGAACAGCCACGUCUCCCUAACCCUCCCCAGCACCUACUCAGACCUCAUCGGAGGGCUCUGCGGAAACUGGAACGGCCAACGGAACGAUGACCUCCUCAAACCAGACAAGAGCCCUGCCAACACUCCAACAGUAUUUGGGGACAGCUGGAAAGUUGGGAACGACCCUGGCUGCUCCAGCGACUGCGACGGCAAGAAGUGUCCCACCUGUGACCACAGCCUGAUGCUUGAUUACCAAACAGGGAAGUACUGCGGCAGGAUCACAGACAAAAACGGUCCGUUCAAGCACUGCCACGCCAAGGUGAACCCCACAGAGUACUAUGAGGACUGUGUGUUUGACAUGUGUAUGUACCGUGGCCAUGCCUCUGCCCUAUGUAACGCCCUCAGCACCUACACCACUGCCUGCCAGGAUGCCCCUGCCAAGGUGGAACAGUGGAGGUCGGACAGCUUCUGUCCAUCUUCCUGCAAGGUCAACAGCCACUAUGAGGUGUGUGCCUCAGGCUGCCCCCAGACCUGCAGUGGCCUCGAUGAGCCUGAGAGCUGUUGGAACUCCCUGUGCACCGAGGGCUGUGUCUGUGACGACGGCUUCAUACAGAGCGACAGCGAGUGUGUGCCGCUGGCUGAAUGUGGCUGCAUUCACCAAGGCCAAUACUACCAGAUGGGCCAGGUGUUCUUCCCCAGCGGCCAGUGCAAAGAGCGCUGUGUGUGUAAAAAGGAUGGACACGUGGAGUGUAAUGUGAAGUUUGCCUGCGGUCCCAAUGAGAAGUGCCAGGUCCAAGACGGGGUGCAGGCUUGUAUACCCAUGAGUACGGGCACCUGCCAUGUGAGCGGGGCCAGGAGAUUCCACUCAUUCGAUGGCAGCUGCUUCAGCCUACACGGGGACUGUGUGUACAAAAUGUCGGAGGUUGUGGAGAAAGACGGAUCGAUGGCUCCGUUUGUUGUGUCAGUGCAGCAGUUGACCAAGAUGGAUGAUGCAAUGGUCACCAGGAGGGUUGAAAUACAGGCCUACAAAUACAAGAUAUCUAUGUCUCCCAGAGUUAUAUGGGAAAUAACGGUGGAUGACGUUGCAACAAAUCUCCCACUGUCACUCGGAGAUGGAAAGGUCAGGGCCUACCAGAACGGCAUUAACAUCGUCGUGGUAACAGACUUUGGCUUGAUGGUGACCUACGACACCGUUGCUGGCGCCAUCAUACAGCUUCCAUCCACUUACAAAGGUGUUACCGGUGGUCUCUGUGGCAACUAUAAUGACAAGAAGGAGGAUGACUUCCUGCUGCCCAGUGGGCUACAGGAGCCGUCUGUGGAGAAGUUUGCAGCGGGGUGGUUGGUGGUUCAGGAAGGGGUCAAAUGUCAGACAGGAUGUGACGGUGGCUUGAAGUGUCCUCCCACCAGUGGACCCCCGCCGGCUUGUAGCAUCAUAAAGUCAACCAAGGGUCCAUUUGCCCAAUGCCAUGCUGUUGUACCACCACAAGAGCACUUUGAGGAGUGCACGAAGGAGGGAGAGGGUGGGGAUGCCCUGUGCCGCCACUUACAGACGUAUGUGACUUUCUGUCAGGCAUCCGGUGGCCUUGUCAGCAGCUGGAGAUCUGACCAGUUUUGUCCUCUGACGUGUCCAGCUAACAGUCACUAUGAGUUGUGUGCCGACACCUGUUCUUCCACCUGUGACUCUCUGAGUGAGUCUCCCAAAUGCCCACUAUGCCAGGAGGGUUGCCAGUGUGAUGACGGCUUUGUGUUUGAUGGUGGCAAGUGUGUCCUACUUGAGAACUGUGGCUGUGUGGUUGAUGGACACUAUUACAAGUCUGGCCAGUCUGUGAGGCUUGGCAACUGUUCUGAGACCUGCAGCUGUGCAGCAGGAGUAUUCACCUGCAAGAACUCACAGUGCAAAGAGGGUCAGAAAUGUGCGUUGAAGAAUGGAGUCAUGGACUGCUACAGCACAGACCCCUGUAAGGAUACUGAGUGCCGUGAGAAGGAAAACUGUGUGGUGAAGAACAAUAAGGUGGUAUGUGUGGCUCAGUCCAAGGCCACCUGCAGGGCUGUGGGCGACCCCCACUACCUCACCUUUGAUGGGGAGCGAUUUGACUUCCAGGGCACCUGCUCUUAUGUCAUGGCCACGGUUGUUAAAUCUGAUCCUGGCCUCAUCCCGUUCACUGUCCUGACCAAGAACAACCACAGAGGGAACAAGAGGGUGUCUUUCGUAAGGAAAGUCUCAGUCACGGUCUAUGGGCUGACUGUUGUGAUCAGCACGCAUAAAGGGAAGGUUGAGGUGAAUGGUGAGAAUGUCUACCUGCCUGUGACCCUGGCCGGAGGAAACCUAACGGUGGUGUAUAGUGGCAGCUAUGCUGUUCUGAAGACAAACUUUGGCCUGAAGGUUAUGUACGACUGGAACAUGAAGUUCUACAUCACUGUCCCCAGCAGCUACUUCCGCACCCUGGGUGGGCUCUGUGGGAGCUACAACGGGGAUCGCAAUGACGAGUUCACUAACCCCAAAGGUAACAAGGAACCCACAGUGGUGAAGUUUGCCCAGAGCUGGAGAACUGAAGACGGCGACUUGUUCUGUCAUGAUGACUGCCAAGGGGAAUGUCCUAGCUGCCUUCCGGCUCUCCAACAGAAAUACAAGGGAGAGAAGUUAUGUGGUCUCUUGGCCAAAAACGACGGCCCAUUCGCCAGCUGCCACAAGGUCCUGGACCCAGGCAUGUUCAUGGACAACUGUGUCUAUGACGUCUGCAUCAAUAAAGGCAUCUAUCAGUUCCUCUGUGAGAACAUGAAAAGCUACAAUGAUGCCUGUUUGGCCGAGGGGGUCAAAAUUAGCCCUGAGUGGAGGACAAUCACUGGAUGCUCACUGGAAUGUCCUUCAAACAGCUACUACGAGGCGUGUGGCACAGCUUGCCCUGCCUCUUGUUCAGAUCUAGAUGCCGAAGCAAAGUGCAAGGAACCCUGUGUGGAGACUUGUCAAUGCAACAAGGGCUUUGUCCUCAGUGGAAACAAAUGCGUCUCCAAGGAGAGCUGUGGCUGCUCUUAUGAAGGACGAUACUACCCGUCUGGAAUGAAGUUCUGGGAAGAUGACAAAUGCACAAAGCAGUGUGAAUGCAAUCCAGGAACAGCCAAGGUUGAAUGCAAAGCAACAGCAUGCAAGAAGUCAGAGAUGUGUGGCCUGCAGAGUGGUAAGAGAGAUUGCUACCCAACAUCUUAUGCCACUUGCCAAGGUUCAGGCGACCCCCACUACCGCACGUUUGAUGGCAAGAGGUUCGACUUCCAGGGAACGUGUACUUACGUUCUCUCCAAAUUGGUCAGCAAAGAUGACAAGUCUCUGGCGUCUUUUGAGGUGCUUGUAAAGAAUCAGAAUAGGGGGAGGAACAUGGCAGUGUCUUACACAAAGACAGUCACCGUCAUUGUCUUCAAAAACAUCAUCACCAUGAGUAGGGACAACCCUGGCAAAGUAUUGGUCAACAACCAGUACGUGAACUUGCCAUUUGAUGUAGAAGAUGGCCAACUGUCCAUCUUCCGCAGUGGGUAUUUUGGGGUGGUGAAAACCAAAUUUGGCCUGACACUGAAGUUCAACUGGAACAGCCACGUCUCCCUAACCCUCCCCAGCACCUACUCAGACCUCAUCGGAGGGCUCUGCGGAAACUGGAACGGCCAACGGAACGACGACCUCCUCAAACCAGACAAGAGCCCUGCCAACACCCCAACAGUAUUUGGGGACAGCUGGAAAGUGGGGAACGAUCCUGGCUGCUCCAGCGACUGCAACGGCAAGAAGUGCCCCACCUGUGACCACAGCCUGAUGCUUGAUUACCAAACAGGGAAGUACUGCGGCAGGAUCACAGACAAAAACGGUCCGUUCAAGCACUGCCACGCCAAGGUGGACCCCACAGAGUACUAUGAGGACUGUGUGUUUGAUAUGUGUCUGUACCGUGGCCAUGCCUCUGCCCUCUGUAACGCCCUCAGCACCUACACCACUGCCUGCCAGGAUGCCCCUGCCAAGGUGGAACAGUGGAGGUCGGACAGCUUCUGUCCAUCUUCCUGCAAGGUCAACAGCCACUAUGAGGUGUGUGCCUCAGGCUGCCCCCAGACCUGCAGUGGCCUCGAUGAGCCUGAGAGCUGUUGGAACUCCCUGUGCACCGAGGGCUGUGUCUGUGACGACGGCUUCAUACAGAGCGACAGCGAGUGUGUGCCGCUGGCUGAAUGUGGCUGCAUUCACCAAGGCCAAUACUACCAGAUGGGCCAGGUGUUCUUCCCCAGCGGCCAGUGCAAAGAGCGCUGUGUGUGUAAAAAGGAUGGACACAUGGAGUGUAAUGUGAAGUUUGCCUGCGGUCCCAAUGAGAAGUGCCAGGUCCAAGACGGGGUGCAGGCUUGUAUACCCAUGCUGGGCACCUGCCAUGUGAGCGGGGCCAGGAGAUUCCACUCAUUCGAUGGCAGCUGCUUCAGCCUACACGGGGACUGUGUGUACAAAAUGUUGGAGGUUGUGGAGAAAGACGGAUCGAUGGCUCCGUUUGUUGUGUCAGUGCAGCAGUUGACCAAGAUUGAUGAUGCAAUGGUCACCAGGAGGGUUGAAAUACAGGCCUACAAAUACAAGAUAUCUAUGUCUCCCAGAGUUAUAUGGGAAAUAACGGUGGAUGACGUUGCAACAAAUCUCCCACUGUCACUCGGAGAUGGAAAGGUCAGGGCCUACCAGAACGGCAUUAACAUCGUCGUGGUAACAGACUUUGGCUUGAUGGUGACCUACGACACCGUUGCUGGCGCCAUCAUACAGCUUCCAUCCACUUACAAAGGUGUUACCGGUGGUCUCUGUGGCAACUAUAAUGACAAGAAGGAGGAUGACUUCCUGCUGCCCAGUGGGCUACAGGAGCCGUCUGUGGAGAAGUUUGCAGCGGGGUGGUUGGUGGUUCAGGAAGGGGUCAAAUGUCAGACAGGAUGUGACGGUGGCUUGAAGUGUCCUCCCACCAGUGGACCCCCGCCGGCUUGUAGCAUCAUAAAGUCAACCAAGGGUCCAUUUGCCCAAUGCCAUGCUGUUGUACCACCACAAGAGCACUUUGAGGAGUGCACGAAGGAGGGAGAGGGUGGGGAUGCCCUGUGCCGCCACUUACAGACGUAUGUGACUUUCUGUCAGGCAUCCGGUGGCCUUGUCAGCAGCUGGAGAUCUGACCAGUUUUGUCCUCUGACGUGUCCAGCUAACAGUCACUAUGAGUUGUGUGCCGACACCUGUUCUUCCACCUGUGACUCUCUGAGUGAGUCUCCCAAAUGCCCACUAUGCCAGGAGGGUUGCCAGUGUGAUGACGGCUUUGUGUUUGAUGGUGGCAAGUGUGUCCUACUUGAGAACUGUGGCUGUGUGGUUGAUGGACACUAUUACAAGUCUGGCCAGUCUGUGAGGCUUGGCAACUGUUCUGAGACCUGCAGCUGUGCAGCAGGAGUAUUCACCUGCAAGAACUCACAGUGCAAAGAGGGUCAGAAAUGUGCGUUGAAGAAUGGAGUCAUGGACUGCUACAGCACAGACCCCUGUAAGGAUACUGAGUGCCGUGAGAAGGAAAACUGUGUGGUGAAGAACAAUAAGGUGGUAUGUGUGGCUCAGUCCAAGGCCACCUGCAGGGCUGUGGGCGACCCCCACUACCUCACCUUUGAUGGGGAGCGAUUUGACUUCCAGGGCACCUGCUCUUAUGUCAUGGCCACGGUUGUUAAAUCUGAUCCUGGCCUCAUCCCGUUCACUGUCCUGACCAAGAACAACCACAGAGGGAACAAGAGGGUGUCUUUCGUAAGGAAAGUCUCAGUCACGGUCUAUGGGCUGACUGUUGUGAUCAGCACGCAUAAAGGGAAGGUUGAGGUGAAUGGUGAGAAUGUCUACCUGCCUGUGACCCUGGCCGGAGGAAACCUAACGGUGGUGUAUAGUGGCAGCUAUGCUGUUCUGAAGACAAACUUUGGCCUGAAGGUUAUGUACGACUGGAACAUGAAGUUCUACAUCACUGUCCCCAGCAGCUACUUCCGCACCCUGGGUGGGCUCUGUGGGAGCUACAACGGGGAUCGCAAUGACGAGUUCACUAACCCCAAAGGUAACAAGGAACCCACAGUGGUGAAGUUUGCCCAGAGCUGGAGAACUGAAGACGGCGACUUGUUCUGUCAUGAUGACUGCCAAGGGGAAUGUCCUAGCUGCCUUCCGGCUCUCCAACAGAAAUACAAGGGAGAGAAGUUAUGUGGUCUCUUGGCCAAAAACGACGGCCCAUUCGCCAGCUGCCACAAGGUCCUGGACCCAGGCAUGUUCAUGGACAACUGUGUCUAUGACGUCUGCAUCAAUAAAGGCAUCUAUCAGUUCCUCUGUGAGAACAUGAAAAGCUACAAUGAUGCCUGUUUGGCCGAGGGGGUCAAAAUUAGCCCUGAGUGGAGGACAAUCACUGGAUGCUCACUGGAAUGUCCUUCAAACAGCUACUACGAGGCGUGUGGCACAGCUUGCCCUGCCUCUUGUUCAGAUCUAGAUGCCGAAGCAAAGUGCAAGGAACCCUGUGUGGAGACUUGUCAAUGCAACAAGGGCUUUGUCCUCAGUGGAAACAAAUGCGUCUCCAAGGAGAGCUGUGGCUGCUCUUAUGAAGGACGAUACUACCCGUCUGGAAUGAAGUUCUGGGAAGAUGACAAAUGCACAAAGCAGUGUGAAUGCAAUCCAGGAACAGCCAAGGUUGAAUGCAAAGCAACAGCAUGCAAGAAGUCAGAGAUGUGUGGCCUGCAGAGUGGUAAGAGAGAUUGCUACCCAACAUCUUAUGCCACUUGCCAAGGUUCAGGCGACCCCCACUACCGCACGUUUGAUGGCAAGAGGUUCGACUUCCAGGGAACGUGUACUUACGUUCUCUCCAAAUUGGUCAGCAAAGAUGACAAGUCUCUGGCGUCUUUUGAGGUGCUUGUAAAGAAUCAGAAUAGGGGGAGGAACAUGGCAGUGUCUUACACAAAGACAGUCACCGUCAUUGUCUUCAAAAACAUCAUCACCAUGAGUAGGGACAACCCUGGCAAAGUAUUGGUCAACAACCAGUACGUGAACUUGCCAUUUGAUGUAGAAGAUGGCCAACUGUCCAUCUUCCGCAGUGGGUAUUUUGGGGUGGUGAAAACCAAAUUUGGCCUGACACUGAAGUUCAACUGGAACAGCCACGUCUCCCUAACCCUCCCCAGCACCUACUCAGACCUCAUCGGAGGGCUCUGCGGAAACUGGAACGGCCAACGGAACGACGACCUCCUCAAACCAGACAAGAGCCCUGCCAACACCCCAACAGUAUUUGGGGACAGCUGGAAAGUGGGGAACGAUCCUGGCUGCUCCAGCGACUGCAACGGCAAGAAGUGCCCCACCUGUGACCACAGCCUGAUGCUUGAUUACCAAACAGGGAAGUACUGCGGCAGGAUCACAGACAAAAACGGUCCGUUCAAGCACUGCCACGCCAAGGUGGACCCCACAGAGUACUAUGAGGACUGUGUGUUUGAUAUGUGUCUGUACCGUGGCCAUGCCUCUGCCCUCUGUAACGCCCUCAGCACCUACACCACUGCCUGCCAGGAUGCCCCUGCCAAGGUGGAACAGUGGAGGUCGGACAGCUUCUGUCCAUCUUCCUGCAAGGUCAACAGCCACUAUGAGGUGUGUGCCUCAGGCUGCCCCCAGACCUGCAGUGGCCUCGAUGAGCCUGAGAGCUGUUGGAACUCCCUGUGCACCGAGGGCUGUGUCUGUGACGACGGCUUCAUACAGAGCGACAGCGAGUGUGUGCCGCUGGCUGAAUGUGGCUGCAUUCACCAAGGCCAAUACUACCAGAUGGGCCAGGUGUUCUUCCCCAGCGGCCAGUGCAAAGAGCGCUGUGUGUGUAAAAAGGAUGGACACAUGGAGUGUAAUGUGAAGUUUGCCUGCGGUCCCAAUGAGAAGUGCCAGGUCCAAGACGGGGUGCAGGCUUGUAUACCCAUGCUGGGCACCUGCCAUGUGAGCGGGGCCAGGAGAUUCCACUCAUUCGAUGGCAGCUGCUUCAGCCUACACGGGGACUGUGUGUACAAAAUGUUGGAGGUUGUGGAGAAAGACGGAUCGAUGGCUCCGUUUGUUGUGUCAGUGCAGCAGUUGACCAAGAUUGAUGAUGCAAUGGUCACCAGGAGGGUUGAAAUACAGGCCUACAAAUACAAGAUAUCUAUGUCUCCCAGAGUUAUAUGGGAAAUAACGGUGGAUGACGUUGCAACAAAUCUCCCACUGUCACUCGGAGAUGGAAAGGUCAGGGCCUACCAGAACGGCAUUAACAUCGUCGUGGUAACAGACUUUGGCUUGAUGGUGACCUACGACACCGUUGCUGGCGCCAUCAUACAGCUUCCAUCCACUUACAAAGGUGUUACCGGUGGUCUCUGUGGCAACUAUAAUGACAAGAAGGAGGAUGACUUCCUGCUGCCCAGUGGGCUACAGGAGCCGUCUGUGGAGAAGUUUGCAGCGGGGUGGUUGGUGGUUCAGGAAGGGGUCAAAUGUCAGACAGGAUGUGACGGUGGCUUGAAGUGUCCUCCCACCAGUGGACCCCCGCCGGCUUGUAGCAUCAUAAAGUCAACCAAGGGUCCAUUUGCCCAAUGCCAUGCUGUUGUACCACCACAAGAGCACUUUGAGGAGUGCACGAAGGAGGGAGAGGGUGGGGAUGCCCUGUGCCGCCACUUACAGACGUAUGUGACUUUCUGUCAGGCAUCCGGUGGCCUUGUCAGCAGCUGGAGAUCUGACCAGUUUUGUCCUCUGACGUGUCCAGCUAACAGUCACUAUGAGUUGUGUGCCGACACCUGUUCUUCCACCUGUGACUCUCUGAGUGAGUCUCCCAAAUGCCCACUAUGCCAGGAGGGUUGCCAGUGUGAUGACGGCUUUGUGUUUGAUGGUGGCAAGUGUGUCCUACUUGAGAACUGUGGCUGUGUGGUUGAUGGACACUAUUACAAGUCUGGCCAGUCUGUGAGGCUUGGCAACUGUUCUGAGACCUGCAGCUGUGCAGCAGGAGUAUUCACCUGCAAGAACUCACAGUGCAAAGAGGGUCAGAAAUGUGCGUUGAAGAAUGGAGUCAUGGACUGCUACAGCACAGACCCCUGUAAGGAUACUGAGUGCCGUGAGAAGGAAAACUGUGUGGUGAAGAACAAUAAGGUGGUAUGUGUGGCUCAGUCCAAGGCCACCUGCAGGGCUGUGGGCGACCCCCACUACCUCACCUUUGAUGGGGAGCGAUUUGACUUCCAGGGCACCUGCUCUUAUGUCAUGGCCACGGUUGUUAAAUCUGAUCCUGGCCUCAUCCCGUUCACUGUCCUGACCAAGAACAACCACAGAGGGAACAAGAGGGUGUCUUUCGUAAGGAAAGUCUCAGUCACGGUCUAUGGGCUGACUGUUGUGAUCAGCACGCAUAAAGGGAAGGUUGAGGUGAAUGGUGAGAAUGUCUACCUGCCUGUGACCCUGGCCGGAGGAAACCUAACGGUGGUGUAUAGUGGCAGCUAUGCUGUUCUGAAGACAAACUUUGGCCUGAAGGUUAUGUACGACUGGAACAUGAAGUUCUACAUCACUGUCCCCAGCAGCUACUUCCGCACCCUGGGUGGGCUCUGUGGGAGCUACAACGGGGAUCGCAAUGACGAGUUCACUAACCCCAAAGGUAACAAGGAACCCACAGUGGUGAAGUUUGCCCAGAGCUGGAGAACUGAAGACGGCGACUUGUUCUGUCAUGAUGACUGCCAAGGGGAAUGUCCUAGCUGCCUUCCGGCUCUCCAACAGAAAUACAAGGGAGAGAAGUUAUGUGGUCUCUUGGCCAAAAACGACGGCCCAUUCGCCAGCUGCCACAAGGUCCUGGACCCAGGCAUGUUCAUGGACAACUGUGUCUAUGACGUCUGCAUCAAUAAAGGCAUCUAUCAGUUCCUCUGUGAGAACAUGAAAAGCUACAAUGAUGCCUGUUUGGCCGAGGGGGUCAAAAUUAGCCCUGAGUGGAGGACAAUCACUGGAUGCUCACUGGAAUGUCCUUCAAACAGCUACUACGAGGCGUGUGGCACAGCUUGCCCUGCCUCUUGUUCAGAUCUAGAUGCCGAAGCAAAGUGCAAGGAACCCUGUGUGGAGACUUGUCAAUGCAACAAGGGCUUUGUCCUCAGUGGAAACAAAUGCGUCUCCAAGGAGAGCUGUGGCUGCUCUUAUGAAGGACGAUACUACCCGUCUGGAAUGAAGUUCUGGGAAGAUGACAAAUGCACAAAGCAGUGUGAAUGCAAUCCAGGAACAGCCAAGGUUGAAUGCAAAGCAACAGCAUGCAAGAAGUCAGAGAUGUGUGGCCUGCAGAGUGGUAAGAGAGAUUGCUACCCAACAUCUUAUGCCACUUGCCAAGGUUCAGGCGACCCCCACUACCGCACGUUUGAUGGCAAGAGGUUCGACUUCCAGGGAACGUGUACUUACGUUCUCUCCAAAUUGGUCAGCAAAGAUGACAAGUCUCUGGCGUCUUUUGAGGUGCUUGUAAAGAAUCAGAAUAGGGGGAGGAACAUGGCAGUGUCUUACACAAAGACAGUCACCGUCAUUGUCUUCAAAAACAUCAUCACCAUGAGUAGGGACAACCCUGGCAAAGUAUUGGUCAACAACCAGUACGUGAACUUGCCAUUUGAUGUAGAAGAUGGCCAACUGUCCAUCUUCCGCAGUGGGUAUUUUGGGGUGGUGAAAACCAAAUUUGGCCUGACACUGAAGUUCAACUGGAACAGCCACGUCUCCCUAACCCUCCCCAGCACCUACUCAGACCUCAUCGGAGGGCUCUGCGGAAACUGGAACGGCCAACGGAACGACGACCUCCUCAAACCAGACAAGAGCCCUGCCAACACCCCAACAGUAUUUGGGGACAGCUGGAAAGUGGGGAACGAUCCUGGCUGCUCCAGCGACUGCAACGGCAAGAAGUGCCCCACCUGUGACCACAGCCUGAUGCUUGAUUACCAAACAGGGAAGUACUGCGGCAGGAUCACAGACAAAAACGGUCCGUUCAAGCACUGCCACGCCAAGGUGGACCCCACAGAGUACUAUGAGGACUGUGUGUUUGAUAUGUGUCUGUACCGUGGCCAUGCCUCUGCCCUCUGUAACGCCCUCAGCACCUACACCACUGCCUGCCAGGAUGCCCCUGCCAAGGUGGAACAGUGGAGGUCGGACAGCUUCUGUCCAUCUUCCUGCAAGGUCAACAGCCACUAUGAGGUGUGUGCCUCAGGCUGCCCCCAGACCUGCAGUGGCCUCGAUGAGCCUGAGAGCUGUUGGAACUCCCUGUGCACCGAGGGCUGUGUCUGUGACGACGGCUUCAUACAGAGCGACAGCGAGUGUGUGCCGCUGGCUGAAUGUGGCUGCAUUCACCAAGGCCAAUACUACCAGAUGGGCCAGGUGUUCUUCCCCAGCGGCCAGUGCAAAGAGCGCUGUGUGUGUAAAAAGGAUGGACACAUGGAGUGUAAUGUGAAGUUUGCCUGCGGUCCCAAUGAGAAGUGCCAGGUCCAAGACGGGGUGCAGGCUUGUAUACCCAUGCUGGGCACCUGCCAUGUGAGCGGGGCCAGGAGAUUCCACUCAUUCGAUGGCAGCUGCUUCAGCCUACACGGGGACUGUGUGUACAAAAUGUUGGAGGUUGUGGAGAAAGACGGAUCGAUGGCUCCGUUUGUUGUGUCAGUGCAGCAGUUGACCAAGAUUGAUGAUGCAAUGGUCACCAGGAGGGUUGAAAUACAGGCCUACAAAUACAAGAUAUCUAUGUCUCCCAGAGUUAUAUGGGAAAUAACGGUGGAUGACGUUGCAACAAAUCUCCCACUGUCACUCGGAGAUGGAAAGGUCAGGGCCUACCAGAACGGCAUUAACAUCGUUGUGGUAACAGACUUUGGCUUGAUGGUGACCUACGACACCGUUGCUGGCGCCAUCAUACAGCUUCCAUCCACUUACAAAGGUGUUACCGGUGGUCUCUGUGGCAACUAUAAUGACAAGAAGGAGGAUGACUUCCUGCUGCCCAGUGGGCUACAGGAGCCGUCUGUGGAGAAGUUUGCAGCGGGGUGGUUGGUGGUUCAGGAAGGGGUCAAAUGUCAGACAGGAUGUGACGGUGGCUUGAAGUGUCCUCCCACCAGUGGACCCCCGCCGGCUUGUAGCAUCAUAAAGUCAACCAAGGGUCCAUUUGCCCAAUGCCAUGCUGUUGUACCACCACAAGAGCACUUUGAGGAGUGCACGAAGGAGGGAGAGGGUGGGGAUGCCCUGUGCCGCCACUUACAGACGUAUGUGACUUUCUGUCAGGCAUCCGGUGGCCUUGUCAGCAGCUGGAGAUCUGACCAGUUUUGUCCUCUGACGUGUCCAGCUAACAGUCACUAUGAGUUGUGUGCCGACACCUGUUCUUCCACCUGUGACUCUCUGAGUGAGUCUCCCAAAUGCCCACUAUGCCAGGAGGGUUGCCAGUGUGAUGACGGCUUUGUGUUUGAUGGUGGCAAGUGUGUCCUACUUGAGAACUGUGGCUGUGUGGUUGAUGGACACUAUUACAAGUCUGGCCAGUCUGUGAGGCUUGGCAACUGUUCUGAGACCUGCAGCUGUGCAGCAGGAGUAUUCACCUGCAAGAACUCACAAUGCAAAGAGGGUCAGAAAUGUGCGUUGAAGAAUGGAGUCAUGGACUGCUACAGCACAGACCCCUGUAAGGAUACUGAGUGCCGUGAGAAGGAAAACUGUGUGGUGAAGAACAAUAAGGUGGUAUGUGUGGCUCAGUCCAAGGCCACCUGCAGGGCUGUGGGCGACCCCCACUACCUCACCUUUGAUGGGGAGCGAUUUGACUUCCAGGGCACCUGCUCUUAUGUCAUGGCCACGGUUGUUAAAUCUGAUCCUGGCCUCAUCCCGUUCACUGUCCUGACCAAGAACAACCACAGAGGGAACAAGAGGGUGUCUUUCGUAAGGAAAGUCUCAGUCACGGUCUAUGGGCUGACUGUUGUGAUCAGCACGCAUAAAGGGAAGGUUGAGGUGAAUGGUGAGAAUGUCUACCUGCCUGUGACCCUGGCCGGAGGAAACCUAACGGUGGUGUAUAGUGGCAGCUAUGCUGUUCUGAAGACAAACUUUGGCCUGAAGGUUAUGUACGACUGGAACAUGAAGUUCUACAUCACUGUCCCCAGCAGCUACUUCCGCACCCUGGGUGGGCUCUGUGGGAGCUACAACGGGGAUCGCAAUGACGAGUUCACUAACCCCAAAGGUAACAAGGAACCCACAGUGGUGAAGUUUGCCCAGAGCUGGAGAACUGAAGACGGCGACUUGUUCUGUCAUGAUGACUGCCAAGGGGAAUGUCCUAGCUGCCUUCCGGCUCUCCAACAGAAAUACAAGGGAGAGAAGUUAUGUGGUCUCUUGGCCAAAAACGACGGCCCAUUCGCCAGCUGCCACAAGGUCCUGGACCCAGGCAUGUUCAUGGACAACUGUGUCUAUGACGUCUGCAUCAAUAAAGGCAUCUAUCAGUUCCUCUGUGAGAACAUGAAAAGCUACAAUGAUGCCUGUUUGGCCGAGGGGGUCAAAAUUAGCCCUGAGUGGAGGACAAUCACUGGAUGCUCACUGGAAUGUCCUUCAAACAGCUACUACGAGGCGUGUGGCACAGCUUGCCCUGCCUCUUGUUCAGAUCUAGAUGCCGAAGCAAAGUGCAAGGAACCCUGUGUGGAGACUUGUCAAUGCAACAAGGGCUUUGUCCUCAGUGGAAACAAAUGCGUCUCCAAGGAGAGCUGUGGCUGCUCUUAUGAAGGACGAUACUACCCGUCUGGAAUGAAGUUCUGGGAAGAUGACAAAUGCACAAAGCAGUGUGAAUGCAAUCCAGGAACAGCCAAGGUUGAAUGCAAAGCAACAGCAUGCAAGAAGUCAGAGAUGUGUGGCCUGCAGAGUGGUAAGAGAGAUUGCUACCCAACAUCUUAUGCCACUUGCCAAGGUUCAGGCGACCCCCACUACCGCACGUUUGAUGGCAAGAGGUUCGACUUCCAGGGAACGUGUACUUACGUUCUCUCCAAAUUGGUCAGCAAAGAUGACAAGUCUCUGGCGUCUUUUGAGGUGCUUGUAAAGAAUCAGAAUAGGGGGAGGAACAUGGCAGUGUCUUACACAAAGACAGUCACCGUCAUUGUCUUCAAAAACAUCAUCACCAUGAGUAGGGACAACCCUGGCAAAGUAUUGGUCAACAACCAGUACGUGAACUUGCCAUUUGAUGUAGAAGAUGGCCAACUGUCCAUCUUCCGCAGUGGGUAUUUUGGGGUGGUGAAAACCAAAUUUGGCCUGACACUGAAGUUCAACUGGAACAGCCACGUCUCCCUAACCCUCCCCAGCACCUACUCAGACCUCAUCGGAGGGCUCUGCGGAAACUGGAACGGCCAACGGAACGACGACCUCCUCAAACCAGACAAGAGCCCUGCCAACACCCCAACAGUAUUUGGGGACAGCUGGAAAGUGGGGAACGAUCCUGGCUGCUCCAGCGACUGCAACGGCAAGAAGUGCCCCACCUGUGACCACAGCCUGAUGCUUGAUUACCAAACAGGGAAGUACUGCGGCAGGAUCACAGACAAAAACGGUCCGUUCAAGCACUGCCACGCCAAGGUGGACCCCACAGAGUACUAUGAGGACUGUGUGUUUGAUAUGUGUCUGUACCGUGGCCAUGCCUCUGCCCUCUGUAACGCCCUCAGCACCUACACCACUGCCUGCCAGGAUGCCCCUGCCAAGGUGGAACAGUGGAGGUCGGACAGCUUCUGUCCAUCUUCCUGCAAGGUCAACAGCCACUAUGAGGUGUGUGCCUCAGGCUGCCCCCAGACCUGCAGUGGCCUCGAUGAGCCUGAGAGCUGUUGGAACUCCCUGUGCACCGAGGGCUGUGUCUGUGACGACGGCUUCAUACAGAGCGACAGCGAGUGUGUGCCGCUGGCUGAAUGUGGCUGCAUUCACCAAGGCCAAUACUACCAGAUGGGCCAGGUGUUCUUCCCCAGCGGCCAGUGCAAAGAGCGCUGUGUGUGUAAAAAGGAUGGACACAUGGAGUGUAAUGUGAAGUUUGCCUGCGGUCCCAAUGAGAAGUGCCAGGUCCAAGACGGGGUGCAGGCUUGUAUACCCAUGCUGGGCACCUGCCAUGUGAGCGGGGCCAGGAGAUUCCACUCAUUCGAUGGCAGCUGCUUCAGCCUACACGGGGACUGUGUGUACAAAAUGUUGGAGGUUGUGGAGAAAGACGGAUCGAUGGCUCCGUUUGUUGUGUCAGUGCAGCAGUUGACCAAGAUUGAUGAUGCAAUGGUCACCAGGAGGGUUGAAAUACAGGCCUACAAAUACAAGAUAUCUAUGUCUCCCAGAGUUAUAUGGGAAAUAACGGUGGAUGACGUUGCAACAAAUCUCCCACUGUCACUCGGAGAUGGAAAGGUCAGGGCCUACCAGAACGGCAUUAACAUCGUCGUGGUAACAGACUUUGGCUUGAUGGUGACCUACGACACCGUUGCUGGCGCCAUCAUACAGCUUCCAUCCACUUACAAAGGUGUUACCGGUGGUCUCUGUGGCAACUAUAAUGACAAGAAGGAGGAUGACUUCCUGCUGCCCAGUGGGCUACAGGAGCCGUCUGUGGAGAAGUUUGCAGCGGGGUGGUUGGUGGUUCAGGAAGGGGUCAAAUGUCAGACAGGAUGUGACGGUGGCUUGAAGUGUCCUCCCACCAUUGGACCCCCGCCGGCUUGUAGCAUCAUAAAGUCAACCAAGGGUCCAUUUGCCCAAUGCCAUGCUAUUGUGCCACCACAAGAGCACUUUGAGGAGUGCACGAAGGAGGGAGAGGGUGGGGAUGCCCUGUGCCGCCACUUACAGACGUAUGUGACUUUCUGUCAGGCAUCCGGUGGCCUUGUCAGCAGCUGGAGAUCUGACCAGUUUUGUCCUCUGACGUGUCCAGCUAACAGUCACUAUGAGUUGUGUGCCGACACCUGUUCUUCCACCUGUGACUCUCUGAGUGAGUCUCCCAAAUGCCCACUAUGCCAGGAGGGUUGCCAGUGUGAUGACGGCUUUGUGUUUGAUGGUGGCAAGUGUGUCCUACUUGAGAACUGUGGCUGUGUGGUUGAUGGACACUAUUACAAGUCUGGCCAGUCUGUGAGGCUUGGCAACUGUUCUGAGACCUGCAGCUGUGCAGCAGGAGUAUUCACCUGCAAGAACUCACAGUGCAAAGAGGGUCAGAAAUGUGCGUUGAAGAAUGGAGUCAUGGACUGCUACAGCACAGACCCCUGUGAGGAUACCGAGUGCCGUGAGAAGGAAAACUGUGUGGUGAAGAACAAUAAGGCGGUAUGUGUGGCCCAGUCCAAGGCCUACUGCUGGGCUUUCGGUGACCCUCAUUACAGCACGUUCGACGGCCAGCCAUUCUCCUUCAUGGGCACCUGCUCCUACAUUCUGGUGAAUACGACCGGCAAAGAUCCCUCCCUGCCUCAGUUCAGCAUCCUGACCAAGAAUGAGCUGCGCGGCAACUCCGAGGGCUCCUUCAUCAAAUCAGCCAACAUAGACCUGAGUGGUCACAGGAUCACCAUUCUCAGUGGCCAAAGAGGGACAGUGGAGAUUGAUGGCAUUAGGUCUGCCCUCCCUUUGAGUUUGGAGUCUGACAGCAUCAGAAUCACAGAGUCUGGUAUACGAGGGACCAUCCAGUCAGCUGUUGGCCUGGAGAUAACUUUUGACUGGACCAGCCUCUUCAUGGUGACCAUCAGCAGCAGUUACUACAACAACCUCGGUGGCAUCUGUGGCAACUACAAUGGUAACAAAUCAGAUGACUUCACCACUCCCACAGGUGUGCUUUCAUCAAAUGCCACGGUGUGGGUGGCAUCCUGGAGUGUUGCCGACGGUGACCCAUUCUGCUGGCACGUCUGUAACAGCAACUGCCCCACGUGCUCAGAUGCAGACCGGGCACUUUACACUGGACCGCAGUACUGUGGUUUGAUGACAGACAGAGGGGGGCCAUUGGAACAGUGUCAUAAGAAUGUGCCGGUGAAGGAGUUUGCCUCAAACUGCCUCUAUGAUGUGUGUCUGAAUGAGGGUCGACAGGAGGUGUUGUGUGAGGCCUUGGCUAACUACGUGGCCGAAUGUCAGCAGGCUGGGGCUGUUGUCUCACCACUGUGGAGAAAGGCCUCCAACUGCCCCCUGGACUGCCCAUACCACAGCCACUAUGAGCUAUGUGGCACUGCCUGCCCUGCUACCUGUGCCGAUCUCAAUGUCCCAGAGAUCUGUUCCAAAGUCUGUGUGGAGGGCUGCCAGUGCGACAAGGGUUACGUGCUCAGUGGUGAACACUGUGUCGUCAAGGAGACAGGGUGUGGCUGUACACACAAUGACCACUACUACCUGCCCGAAGAAACCUUCUGGGAGGGCAACACGUGUCAGAGUAAGUGUGUGUGCGAUGGAGCCACACAGAAGGUGGUGUGUAUGCCUAGGAAGUGCAAGGCUAGUGAGCACUGUGCAGUGGUCAAUGGGGUUCAGGACUGCUACCCCCUCAGCUUCAAGACCUGCUCAGCACAGGGGGACCCCCACUUCCGCACCUUUGAUGGGAAGCGCUUCGACUUCCAGGGAAACUGUAUCUACAAGCUGGCGGGGGUCUGCUCCAAAGAUCCCGAUCUGGAGAGCUUUGAGGUGACUCUGGAGAACAACAACAGGGGCAGCACCAGAGUCUCCUACGCCAAGGUGGUGACUGUCAUUGUGUUGGGAAGUAGUUACACCGUCACAGGUGAUUAUCACGGCAAAGUCCUGGUGGACGAUGUCCUGACAUCUCUGCCGUACUACUCCAACAACACUGAGGUUCAGAUCUACAGAAACAGACGUUUUGCUGUUCUGGAGACUCAUUUCGGUCUCAAGGUCUCCUUCGACUGGUCCAGCGAGGUGAGGGUAAAGGUCCCGAGCACCUACCACAACGCCAUCUGUGGUCUCUGUGGCAACCUCAAUGACAACCCUGAUGACGACCUGCUUCUGCCCAACGGGAAAAAGCCCAUGAGUCCCAAGGAGUUUGGAAACAGUUACUGGGUAGCUGACGUACCGGGCUGCUCCCACGAGUGCAAAGAUUGUGCCGUUCUAGACAUCCCCCUUAUAAAGCCCAAAUAUGUCAGCGCCUGUGAUGUCAUUGUGGAUAAGAGUGGUCCCCUCAGAGACUGUAUUGGUAGAGUGGACUCUGAUGAGUACAAAGAAGACUGCAUCUAUGACAUGAUCCUCAACAACGGCCUACUGACGGCAGCCUGUGACAUCAUCACCAACUAUGUAGAAGAGUGUCAGGAGAAGGGAGGGAAAAUUGAGGUCUGGAGGAGUAAAGACUUCUGCCACCUCCCCUGUCCAGAGAACAGUGUCUACAGCCUCUCGGCCUCCGGGUGCCCGGCCACAUGCUAUUCCAUGACCUCCGCCCCAGGAUGCACCACUCCUCCAGGGGAGGGCUGUCAAUGCAAACCUGGUUUCCUGCUGAGUGAUAACAAGUGUGUCCACAUGAAGAACUGUGGCUGUCACCACAAGGGUCGCUACUUUGUGUCCGGCGAGGUCUUCUAUAAGGAGAACUGCCACCACCGCUGCAGCUGUAACUCCGGCGAGAUGGCCUGUGAGGUGGCGCCCUGCGGUCCGAAGACCACGUGUGCGGUGGUGAAGGGGGUCAGGGGCUGUUACAUUAUCAACAGCAAAGAUUCAAACAACCAGUCAUGGAUCGAAAAACUUCUUAACAAAUAUGUAAAACCUGUACAUAUCAAGUUUGGAGGCUAGAACAUUUUAAUUUUCAAAUAAGAUCUCAUCGAUCUAAAAUAUCCUUUAAAAACAUUCCUUUUAUGUCCAGGUUGUAGGCUAAAGCAUUUCAACAUAAAAUCGCAAAAUUACCUUAAUAUUACCUUCUGUAUGUGAUAACAUAUUCCGAACCAUAUAAUGUUGUGAGGGAUUAUGAGUAUUCAUGCAUGGAAUUGUUAUUGAACUGUAUUCAUUAUAAUCCAAAUAUAAUCCCAGAGUUGUGUAUUACUAAAACUGAGAUUAUCUCUGUACGCGUGUAUCUCUGUCUAUCCUUUACAACUUUCAAAAGCCUAAUAAUAAACAUAUUGCAGCAAAAUGA